CAUUUCACCCCACCGGUCACAAUAGUGACCACAAAAAUAUUUUUGUUCACAGGGCUCUAAAAAUGUUACUGAGGGAUCUUUCAAUGCAUUUUCAAUAAAUAUUGAAAGAAUACAGUGUUUGGAUGAAAUGUGUGCAGUGUCACAUGUUUAGAGUAAAUUGUCACAUGACCAGAGCUGUUUACUUCCUGGUUGCCCCUUGAGAAGAAGAUGGCUGCCUCCAACCGCCCAAAGAAGAGGUUAGUAAAGUAUGUUAAAAUAAACAUAGGACAAAGAUUUUUGGUACACAUGAUCUUUAAGGUGUCUAGUAAUGAUAUAUGCAUUUGCAGUUACUCAAAUUUGUUUGGUGUGUUUGCAGGAUGAGUAAAUAUGUUAGCGGUCACAAUAGUGACCGGUGGGAUAAUACAUUGUAUCUUGGUGCACACAUACUUCUAUACAUACAAAAAUCUUGCUGUGCCUAACUUUCUCCAUUUUUCUCUCGUUUAGAUUAACUUUGAGUGAGGUUCUUGAUAUGUUGGAUCUAGGUGAUGGCCCAGACAAGGCAUGCAACAUUGCAGUUAUCCCUCAAAAUGAGAAAGAUGCCAUCCUCAGUGAUUGUGAUAGUGAUGAGUCAGAUAUGGACUAUGAGGGGGAGAUAUGCCAUUUGCCAUCUCGGAUGUUGAAUGCAUAUGCCGAACUUAUGGGCACAGAUGAUGAGAAGAACAACACUGAUUGUGACCUUCCCCCUCCCCAAUCCACUAGCCCUCCCUUACCACCUGGCACGGUUUAUAAUGAGGAGUCCAGGGCCUCUACAAACCAUACCAAGCAGCCGCAAGAGCCAAGGGCAAAGCUACAGGUGAUCAAACAUAAAGAUCGAGACAGGAACAUUAUCAGUGCUGAUGGCCUACCCACCACUAUUUCUCCACCACCCUCAACCAUUGAAGAGCCAAGGUGCUCUAGCAACCAGAGAGGCCAGUCUGAGGAACUUCUAAGGUCCUCUAGUCACCAGAGGGACAAGUCCAAAGAAACCUCAAGGUCCUCUAGCCACCAGAGAGACAAGUCCAAAGAAACCUCAAGGUCCUCUAGCCACCAGAGAGACAAGUCCAAAGAAACCUCAAGGUCCUCUAGCCGCCAGAGGGACAAGUCCAAAGAAACCUCAAGGUCCUCUAGCCACUGGACGGGCCAAUUAGAAGGGCCACGGACACAGCCAGAGGUGGUCAGAAAUAAAGACAGAGUGUUCAAACGCUCAAAGAGGCCAGCCACUACUAGCAUUCCUGAAUACAUAGUGUACAGCCCAAAUGCUGCUGAAUUUGUCAAACAAAGCUGUCCUGAUCCAAUGGCUGUUUUCCUACUAAUGUAUCCGCCCACUCUAAGAGAGAUCACAGUUGAAAUGUCCAAUCUCUACUCCACCCAGACCAAGGCCAAGCAACUGGAUAUGAGUAUCGAUGAGCUUCUUACAUUCUAUGGGAUCCUUCUGGCAUCUGGCUACAGCACUGUUCCAAGAAGACAUAUGCACUGGUCGCUUGACAGGGAUGUACAUAAUGAAAGCAUUUCAAAUGCAAUGCGGAGAAAUCGAUUUAAUGAAAUAAUGGCCUCACUACAUUUUUUUGACAACACUAAAAUCACUGAGGACCCAUUUUUCAAGGUAAGACCAAUCUUCACCGAGCUCAACAAGUCGUACAAAGUCAUGCCAUAUCCAGAAUGGCUGUCAGUGGAUGAAAGCAUGAUACGAUAUUAUGGCCGCCAUGGAUGCAAGCAGUUUAUAAAAGGCAAACCAAUCCGUUUUGGUUAUAAGAUCUGGAGCCUUGCCUCAUCCAACGGCUACAUGCAUCAUAUGGAGCCAUAUGGGGGACGCCACACACUCCUCCCAGAGACUGGGUUAGGCCAGGGGCCGAGCGUAGUUCUUGGUUCUUGAACAAGGUGAGGUGCCUCAAGGUUGUAAAUUCUACCACGACAACCUCUUUACUUCCCUUGCACUCCUAGAUGAGAUGACCAAGAGGGGAUAUGGGAGCUGUGGAACAAUGAGGGAAAACCGUCUCUUUGAUGUUCCCUUCAGACCAAAGAGUGAAUUCAUGAAGUUACCCCGAGGAACCUCUGAAGUUCUAACACAAGGAGAGAAGCUGCUGGUCCGUUGGAAGGACAACAACAUUGUCACUAUAUCAACAAACAUGGAGAAGAACUAUACUGAGACAGUUGUCAAGCGAUGGAACAAAGAGCGGCGUUCCUUUGACCAAGUCCGACAACCACAAUGCAUCAAGCAAUAUAAUGAGCACAUGGGAGGUGUAGACCUUCAUGACCAACAGGUCUCAAGAUACAGCAUCACGAUCAGGUCCAAGAAGUGGUGGUGGCCCAUUUUUUCAUGGUCUCUCAACAGUGCACUUGUAAAUAGCUAUUACUUUUACAAAUUUGUUAUGGGAGGGACCAUUGACCUUCUCACCUUCUCACGGGUGGUGGCGCAGUCUCUUAUGCAAAGGUUUGGCACAAAGCCACUGAGCCAUGGAAGGAGAUCUCUACUGGCUGCUUCUGUUCAGGAUCUGGCAAGAUAUGACAAAGAUGCUCACUGGCCAAUCAACACAGGGAAUCGGUUCCUGAGAUGCCGUUUUUGUGAUAAACGCACCACCUAUGCCUGUGAGAAAUGCAGUGCAUCACUGCACAUUGAGUGUUUCAAGAAAUACCAUGGGAAGUAGAAAAGGGGUGAAAGGACCAACAAGUGAAGAAUGUUGAAGUCAUCGAAGAGUGAGAAGGAGCAAUACACCAAACUAGGUCCAUUGAGUCAUACUGUAUGACUGUGGGACUGACAGAUCAUUCAUUGUUUGUUAUUCAUAUAAAUGCAGGCAUCUCAUAAACGUUACCUUUAUGUUCUAUGUUACUGUAAUGACAGUAUGUCUGGCUGAUAGUAGUUCAAAACAGUUAUGCACAAACAAAUCAAGCACUUUGUUCAAGAGCCUAGCUCUUUAUUCAUUCCUCUAAUUUACCUUGACACAGAAUAUGCUACUACUUGAAUAUGUACUCUAAAGGGGGCACCUAAAUAUUUUAUGUUCAAUGUGAAUGAAUUAGAUUGUAAUGUGUGUUUUCUAGUAAAUUUUGCAUUAAAAUGUUAUAAUGUUAUAUUCAAAUAAAGAAACAAUGUUGACACACUGUGA